UCUGUAAAUCUAAUCCAAUUGCAUAUUCUGAAUCUAAAAGGGUUUCCUUGAAAAUAUGAAUGCUGUUGUUUUCCAUUCUCCCACAGUCUUCAAUCCUCCCUCUGGUUUUUCUUUCAGCAAGCACCUCAAUCUCGGAAAACCCAUUUACUCUCUCAGAGAUGGACCAAUAGCUUUUGCUUCACAAAAGGAUAAGAUUCAAUUAAGUGUUUCAAACACCAAAUCUAAUGGAAGUAGAAGCGGCAGACCACCCCGGAAAAGUUCUGCAUCAAGAAGAUCAAAAGAUGAUGAGAGUGAAAAAUCUCAAUCCUUUGAUAGCAAACUUCCCAUGUCCCCAAAACAAGAAGAGAUAAUUUCCCUAUUCAGAAGGAUACAGUCUUCAAUCUCAAAGGGAGAGAACCAAAGGACUAAGAGUACCAAGCCGAGUAAUCCCAACUCGUCUCCAACUGAAUCAAUUUUGGAAAUUCUUCAUCAAUCAAAGAAGCCGAUAAAAGAUGGAACUGGAAGAAGAGGAGAUAAGGCAUUGACUCGGAAGCGUGGGGUGAAGAAGGAUGAUAAGAUACAAGAUGAUACACAACUGCCAGUGGCAAACUUCAACUUAACUCGUCCGCCCUCUAAUUUUGUUAAGAGAUCUCCAAUACCAUCUCCAUCAAUCCCAAGAGGAAAUGCUAUUGAGACUACAGACAAUAACAAGAUGUUGAUGUUGCCAAAAAUAGAGGAAAUGAAACUUUCGGAGUUGAAGGAACUAGCAAAGUCAAGAGGACUUAAAGGUUACUCUAAGUUGAAGAAGGGUGAGCUUUUGGAAUUGUUAAGAUCCUAAAAGCCACAAGAAAAAUAAAAGAACAUAAACAAACUAGCAGCUGGAAGUUAAUGGGUUGCAGAAGCAACAAAGUGGUGUUUGAAUUAUUAUUCUUUUUUUUAACCUUUUCAUUGGAUUGCAUCUCCAUUUUUGUUACAGAUGUUGUCUUGUUUCCACUUUGUUUCUUGAUUUCAGUUCCAUUGAAUUCCUUUUUGGAUCCUUUGUGUUAGGUGGUAUUGG